GCCUCAACCAACCUAACCUAUUAAACGUGAACAAAUAAUCAUUUUUGUAAUUAUCUAAGCCCGAAAAUGAUUACACGUACUGUAAAUUUACUGUGCUUUAGUUGAAACGCCAACAAUCACGGUCUAAUCAGCUCAAAUUGUAUUUUUCAAAAAAUCGAAACGUCAUUUUUCACGUGAAAAAGUUAGGUUAAAGAUGAAAGUUUUAUAACCUUCUUGCAAGAGUCCUGGAAGGAUAUUUUAGCAACCAAAAUGUCAACUUUGGAGUAUUCCGAAUCACUUCGAGAAUGGGGAAGAUCUUCCUGGAAAAACGUCCACAACUAUAAACUGUGUCCCUAUUUUACAACAUCGCUUUUCUUAAUGGUGAACCACGCGAAACGACACCGUUCAUCUCUGGAAAAAUAUACGUGCGAAAACGCUAAAAUUGAAGAGUAUCAUUGUAAAGGCUGCGAUUUUAAAACGGAACUAACGAUUCUGUUCAAACAACACAUUAAUAAAAAUCACAGCUUUAAAAGCGAAUCUGGGGACGAUUUAUCACUUCAGGACUUCAGUGUACGAAAUUACGUUUGCGAAAAGUGCGAUUUCGAAACAAAUUUGUCGUUGAAGUGGUUCCAACAUACUUCAGAAUGCACGGGAAAAAAAGAAAAUCUAGCAAGUGUGAGGUCUGUGAAAGAGAAUACAAAUAUUUUCCAUUUCAAGAAAAUUGACGGAAAACGUUGGUAUUAUUGUACGAAAUGUUCCUACAAAGUUAGAAAUAAAACUAAGUUAAAAUAUCAUAUGGCAAAACAUGAUUUAAACAAACAACAUGCGUGUGAUAAGUGUCCAUUUAAAACCGUAUAUAAAGCAACUUUAAGAGAUCACAAAAAACGAAACCACUUAGACGAGCGAGAUGUUGAAUGGCACAAAUGUGAAAAAUGUCCUUUCAAAACUCUACAAAAAAGUAAUUUAAUUAGGCACGUAAACAGCUUACAUUUGAAAGAUGAAGAAGGUGAAUGGUACCAAUGCGAUGAGUGUCCAUACAAAACUAGGAAUAAAUGUCAUUUAAAGACUCACGCAAUUGUAAAACAUGUUACGUGGUACGAAUGCGAACUGUGCCAAUUUAAAACAAGGGACAAAAGAUCUUUAAGACACCACGAGAAUGUGAUACAUUUAAAGAAACAAAAUGCCGAAUGGUGGAAGUGUAAAAAGUGUUCAUUUAAAACGGUAACUUUGUCAAAAGAAUGUAAUGAAUGUCUGCUCAACAAAAAUAAGCGGUAUGAAUGUAAAUAUUGCCCAUACAAAACUAAGUGGAGGCCGAAUUUACAAAAGCAUGUAAUUGCUCUACAUGUGGAUGACAAAGAAAUUAAAUGGCACCAAUGUGACAAAUGUCCAUACAGAAGUAAAUUUAAAGAAGGUUUAAAGAAACACGAAGAUUAUAAUCAUUCAGAAGAAGCAAAGUGGUAUGAAUGUGCCAAGUGUUCGUAUAAAACCAAAGCAAAAGACAAUUUAAUACAGCAUGUAAAUGUUCAUUUUGACAUCAAACAAAAUCAGUGCGAAUAUUGUCCAUUUAAAACGAAACGCAGAUAUUAUUUAAAGACCCAUAUAAGUAAGCGCCACAAAAAUCAGAUCUAUUCAGAUGGUAAAGAUGUUAAAUGGUAUAAAUGUGAAAAAUGUUCUUUCAAAACUAGAAGAAAAGAUUGUUUAAAAAGGCACAUAACCAACUUACAUUCGAAUGAAGAAGACAUCAAAUGGCAUCAGUGUAAUGAGUGUCCAUUUAAGGCAAAACUUUUGCAUCAAUUAAAAUCUCAUAUAAUUUGUAGACAUUCGAAUGAAGAAAAAAUCAAGUGGUACGAGUGCGAAUAUUGUCCACAUAAGACGAAACUCAAGACCUAUUUAACCUCCCAUAUGAAUAAAUACCAUUUUGAAAAAACGGACGCUAAUAAAUGGCACAAAUGCCAUCAGUGUGCUUACAAAACCAAAACUGUAUCAUUGCUUUAUAAACACCAAGAAAAACGACAUAAAUAGGACUUAAUUUACUUUAAGUUUGGCGUAGUUUAGAAUGAAGAAAGAAACUAAAUGUUUUCCACUUUAAAUAAAUAUAUAUUUAUUAUUAUUA